UUUUGACAACAUAAAAUCCACAACUACUCUCCACCUAAAACUCUCUCUCUCCUGUCUCUGACGCAUAAGCAAGCGCGCACAAACACGCAGCGACGCAGAUGCCAGCUCACUCACGCGCCGUCCCCCAGCACCACCCCCGACCCCAGCCGCAACCACCGACUUCAACCCCGCGUUCCCUCGUCGGCGCCGUCCUCCGCCUCCGGUGAUUGAAGAAGCGGGGGCCGAGCGGAGCAACACUCGCGGGUGGCGCCAUGUCGGAGAAGGACGUCGUCUGGAAGACGUUCCGGGCGCUGGUGGAGAACGCGGACCGCAAGUUCGGGCGCGUGCGGGACUUGCCGCCGCACGAGCGGGGGCUCAACCACUACUUCCCCAAGGUGUUCAAGUCCUACAUGCGCCUCUGGAAGUACCAGCAGGAGCACCGGCCCCAGCUCGUCGAGUCCGGCCUGAACCGCUGGGAGAUCGGCGAGAUUGCGAGCCGGAUCGGGCAGCUCUAUUUCAGCCAGUACAUGAGGACCAGCGAAUCGAGGUUCCUGGUGGAGGCGUACGUGUUCUACGAGGCGAUCCUGAGCAGGAAGUACUUCGAGGGGACCAAAGUGAGGGAUCUGGGAGUGAGGGCCAAGGAGUUGAGGUUUUACGCGAGGUUUUUGUUGGUUUCCUUGAUUUUGAACCGGGCCGAUAUGGUCAAGUCGCUCGUGGAGCGGUUCAAGGUCGUUCUCGACGAUUGCAGAGUCAAUUUUCGGGAAACUAGCUUCAAAGAAUGGAAGUUAGUGGUGCAGGAAAUUAUCCGCUUCAUGGAUGUAGAAAGUGCCUCAGUGAAAGUUCGGCCCUUACGUUACUGUACCAUCUAUGAUACCCACCCAAAGUCUCUUCCUUAUAUAACUCGAUUUCAUGCGAAAAAGAUUUUAAGAUUUCAAGACGUGGUGCUGACAAGCUACCACCGGAAUGAGGUCAAGUUUGCAGAGCUUACAUUGGAUACUUAUAGAAUGCUGCAGUGUCUGGAGUGGGAGCCGAGUGGAUUAUUCUACCAAAAACAGCCUGUCCAAUCAAAUGAGAAUGGUUCCGUUAUCGAUCAUUCUGGAGCAUCUGGGGUUAUUGACAUAAACUUAGGCAUGGAUUUGACUGAUUCUUCCUUGCCGCGCAAUCCAAGGAAGGCCAUUCUAUACCGUCCAUCAGUUACACAGUUGAUUGCAGUUAUUGCUACAAUCUGUGAGGAGCUCCGGCCAGAUACUGUGAUGCUGAUAUAUCUUUCAGCUCCAGGCAGGACGGGCCAUCAUAAUAUUUCACAGGUGGAAAGCUCCAAGCUUUUGGCGAAGUUUUCUGGAACCAAAUUCAUUGGUGAAUUCUCUCGCGAACAAAGUUCCUCCACAUCCGAAUCUUCUGUCGAUGAGAAGAAUAUGUCAAAUGACUUUUGUGAAGGUUGUCUGUGCUUAGCACCAAGAGGAACUGGUGGUUCGUUCAAUCUCUACCCUGCUGAUAUAAUUCCUUUCACCAGGAAACCCCUCUUUUUGAUCAUUGAUAGUGACAACAGCCAUACAUUCAAGGUUGUUCAUGGAGCAGAGAGAGGAGAGACUGCUGCCCUGUUUCUUUCACCUUUAAGAUCUGCAAAUAAGAAUAUGUCUGGUGCUGAUGCAGGAGAGAGCGGCAGCCAAUUUACCUUUUUCUUGACGGCUCCUCUUCUGGCAUUUUGCCAAUUAGUAGGUCUCUCUUCAUCCAGUCACAAUGAGGAUGGUUAUAAGGAUGCAGAGAACAUACUUGCCGCUGCCUUCUGCGGAUGGGAAGUAACUCUUUGUACAUCAGCUGACCUGGAUCUGGUUUGGGCUCAAGUUCUAUCAGAUCCGUUUAUCCGCCGUCUAAUAUUGAGAUUCGUGUUCUGCAGGUCCGCGCUUUUCUUCUUUUGUCCUUCAGGAAACAAGGAACACUAUCUGCCUGUCUGCCUACCCUGUUUGCCCGAGCCGCUCUCUCCAACAUCCGAGAUUGUGCGUUCUGCUGUGGUUCGGAUUGCAAAUCACUUCCAGGUUGCUGAAUGCUUUCACUUCACUGAUGUAUAAACCAGCAUGCAGACGCAACCAUGAAUACUGAGCACCACAGUGAGAUUCCGACACAAAUCCCACUGGGUGAGCUGCCUUUUGGGAGUGGUAGAGGUAUAUUGCUAGAGAAGAGGUUAUAAACCAAUCUCAGUUUGAUUUGUUCUUUGAUCCAUUUGAGCAUUAUAGUUUUGUGGUCUGUUGUACUUGCUUGGGUGGGUUUCGAUAGUGUACUUUACUAAUUCAUUUCACGUUACCAUGGAAAAGGAAAAAAUCAGGAGGCAGAAUGAGAUUGAUUUGUGUACCUCAGUUUUAGGGCUUCUAUGAUGAACAAAGGGAGAAGUUGCUCUUAGGGGUGUAAAUUGGGUAUUCUUUGACUGGAGAAUUAUAGUUGCUGACUGAACUUACAGAAA